UAAAAUGUCUAAUCCAGCAUUAAAUACAUUUUAUUCAUUAUCUACUAUUGGAAUUUCAAUACUUUUAAUUAUGGGUUUUUAUUAUAUGUUUACUGGGCAAGGUGAUCGUUUUGAUAUUGCAUGGUUUUUGACUGAGACGCCUCCUCAUAUGUGGGCUGGUAUUGGCAUCGCAGCUUCCCUUUCUCUUUCUGUUAUUGGAGCUGGAUGGGGAAUUUUCACAACUGGAGCAUCAAUUUUGGGUGGAGGAGUCAAAGCGCCACGAAUUCGAACAAAGAAUUUGGUUUCGAUUAUUUUUUGUGAAGCAGUAGCAAUUUUUGGAAUUAUUAUGGCCUUUGUUUUUGCUGGAAAAUUUGCGCCUUUUGAUCGAAAUACUGCCACUAAAGAAGUUCUAGCCAAAAACCUCGCUGCUGGAUAUGCAAUUUUUGGCGGUGGAUUGACUGUUGGAUUUAGUAAUUUAGUUUGUGGAUUGGCUGUUGGAAUUGUUGGUUCUGGUGCUGCACUUGCAGAUGCAGCAAAUCCAGCAUUAUUUGUUAAAAUUUUGAUAAUUGAAAUUUUUGCUAGUGCUAUUGGACUUUUUGGUAUGAUAAUUGGAAUUGUACAGACAAACAAAUUCACACUUGGAAUGACUUAA